AUGGGUGAUUUUAAUGUGCCACAGGCACUCCCCUCCUAUCCCACGUUCCCUUGUACCUCCUCCCCCUCUCCUCCCUUAUCCCACCUCCCCUUGUACCUCCUCCCCCUCUCCUCCCUUAUCCCACUUCCCCUUGUACCUCCUCCCCCUCUCCUCCCUUAUUCCACCUCCCCUUGUACCUCCUUCCCCUCUCCUCCCUUAUUCCACCUUCCCUUGUACCUCCUCCCCCUCUCCUCCCUUAUUCCACCUUCCCUUGUACCUCCUCCCCCUCUCCUCCCUUAUCCCACCCCUCCUUGUACCUCCUUCCCCUCUCCUUCCUUAUCCCACCCCUCCUUGUACCUCCUCCCCCUCUCCUCCCUUAUCCCACCCCUCCUUGUACCUCCUCCCCCUCUCCUCCCUUAUCCCCCUCUCCCCUUGUACCUCCUCCCCCUCUCCUCCCUUAUCCCACCUCCCCUUGUACCUCCUCCCCCUCUCCUCCCUUAUCCCACCUCCCCUUGUACCUCCUCCCCCUCUCCUCCCUUAUUCCACCUUCCCUUGUACCUCCUUCCCCUCUCCUCCCUUAUUCCACCUUCCCUUGUACCUCCUUCCCCUCUCCUCCCUUAUCCCACCCCUCCUUGUACCUCCUCCCCCUCUCCUCCCUUAUCCCACCUCCCCUUGUACCUCCUCCCCCUCUCCUCCCUUAUCCCACCUCCCCUUGUACCUCCUUCCCCUCUCCUCCCUUAUCCCACCUCCCCUUGUACCUCCUCCCCCUCUCCUCCCUUAUUCCACCUCCCCUUGUACCUCCUCCCCCUCUCCUCCCUUAUCCCCCUCUCCCCUUGUACCUCCUCCCCUCUCCUCCCUUAUUCCACCUCCCCUUGUACCUCCUCCCCCUCUCCUCCCUUAUCCCCCUCUCCCCUUGUACCUCCUCCCCCUCUCCUCCCUUAUCCCACCUCCCCUUGUACCUCCUUCCCCUCUCCUCCCUUAUCCCACCUCCCCUUGUACCUCCUCCCCCUCUCCUCCCUUAUUCCACCUCCCCUUGUACCUCCUCCCCCUCUCCUCCCUUAUCCCCCUCUCCCCUUGUACCUCCUCCCCCUCUCCUCCCUUAUUCCACCUCCCCUUGUACCUCCUCCCCCUCUCCUCCCUUAUCCCCCUCUCCCCUUGUACCUCCUCCCCCUCUCCUCCCUUAUCCCACCUCCCCUUGUACCUCCUCCCCCUCUCCUCCCUUAUCCCCCUCUCCCCUUGUUCAAAAUGGAGAGAGUGCUGUUAAUGUAAAUGAUGGCCAGCCAAGAUCUGUGUCUGUUCUGUCAUGUUUGUAUUGGUUUAUGGCCGUGAUAUUGUCUGCACUGAUCUACAAUCAGCACUGUUAUUCGAUUCACAAUGGUUAAGGGUAGGAAUUUACAGGGAAUGCUGUACAGUGCUUAUGGACAUUGUACUGUCACACCAAACUGUAACAGGUCGUUUGCUUUAUGAUUCCUUAAUUUAUUCUCUUACAAUACCUUUUUGGUUGUACGGUGUGUGUGUGUGUGUGUGUGUGUGUGUGUGUGUGUGUGUGUGUGUGUGUGUGUGUGUGUGUGUGUGUGUGUGUGUGUGUGUGUGUGUGUGUGUGUGUGUGUGUGUGUGUGUGUGUGUGUGUGUGAGUGAAGGAACAGAUAAGGCCUACAUUGCCACAUGAUUCACCUCAUGUUUGUAAAAAGUCUUUAAAUGCAAAUGACAACAUUGUCCAUGUUUGAUGACAUCAUUGCCUCCCACACAGGUAUGUCACAGCAACAUCAAAUAUGCCUUUUCUCACAUUUUGUUUUACUUUAUGAAUAUAAAUAUUGUUGUAAAGAAAAUAAAACCAGUCUUUUUGUAUUUUC